AUGCCUUCUGCGGUGUUUUCUGUUGCUGCCGUUCGACCUUCCGAGCAGGAGCUCGCUUUUGCCAACUACGAAUGUGAUCGAUUCGCUGCGCAGCUUCGCGGCAUCGAUAGACUGCAUUUCAACGUCAUUGCGUUGUUACAAGUCUUUGCUCAAUGUAUCGCCACCGUCAGUGAUCAAUGCCUUCCAUUUCUGACCGAGGAGAUCUACACAUCGCUCGAUCAAAUCUGCAACGAGUACAAGUGCGGGUUCCAAGUUUUCGUCGACUUUUUCUGGCCAGAAGUUGAGACAUUCUACGCGCUUGAAGUCGAGCUCGCUUCAAUCGAUGACCAUAUUCUUGCCGAGAUUAGACGCAAGAAGUUGCUAAUCGAACUUGUCAAGAAGAAUCUCGGCCUUGUAUUUGGUCAAGUUGUUCAAAGACGCGGAAUGGAACACGAAGAUAACGAAUUCAUAGAGUACGAGGAGUCUUCGGAUGAAAGCGGUGUGGAAUCAGAGGAAUCCGACGAUGAUUCCGGUGACAAUCUUAUCGUUCUAGUCGAUCAAAUUCCAGUCAAUUUCUAUCGUCUUGGUAAUGGCGUUGCUCAUCGUUUGAUCACCGAAUGA